UAAAAGUUUAGCUUGCCAUUGUCCAUUGGAGGGUUUGAGCCCUCAUUCCCCUGCGUCACCGUUGGCCAGAUUGCCACGUUUCUGCCGCUUUCAAAGCAGAAUAGAAUAGCCGGCUUCGCUUCCCCAUGCUUUGCAGAAAUCUUGCCGUUUACUGCCCAAUCCACUGAAGGGUCUUCUCGGCGCUACAGAAUACGAAACGAGAAACUGUGUGGGAUUGGAGACCGGAAUUGGGAGGAGCAAGUGCCAUAAACAUGUCGAGUGUGAAGCUUUUCGAUGCACACUGCCACCUCCAAGAUCCCAGAGUCCUGAACAAAGCUCCCCAGCUCAUAGCUACUGCACUCGACACUGGUGUUGCCCGCUUUGCAGUUAAUGGAGUUUCCGAGAACGAUUGGAGCUUGGUGAAAGAGAUGGGGGAGCGUUACCCUUCUGUUGUUCCUUGCUUUGGCCUUCAUCCAUGGUUCAUCAGGGAGAGGACUCCAAAUUGGUUUAAUACAUUGAAAGAACUCUUUGAAGUCACUCCCUCAGCUGCAGUUGGAGAGAUUGGUAUAGACAAGGGUUCACAUGGGAAGACGAUUGAUUUUGCAGAUCAGGUUUAUGUAUUCCAGAAACAGCUUCAGCUUGCGAAAGAACUGAACAAACCAGCAUCCAUUCACUGUGUUCGUGCCUUCGGUGAUCUGCUUGAGAUAAUGAAAAAUGUGGGGCCUUUUCCUGCUGGCGUUAUCCUCCAUUCCUACUUGGGUUCUGCUGAGAUGGUUCCAGAACUUGCCAAGCUCGGUGCUUACUUUUCAUUUUCUGGGUUUCUCAUGUCCAUGAAAACACAGAAGGCAAAGAGAAUGCUAGCAGCGGUUCCUUCUGAUAGGAUUUUGUUGGAAACAGAUGCACCAGAUGCUACCCCAACUCUAAAUGUAGACACUCUUUUUUCGGUUGAUGGCAGAAGUCACUCCAAAGAAGAAAAUCUCUCUACAUCCGGUGGCCUCUCUGAUGAAAAUAAUUCCAACUCUUCAAAAGAGGCGUCAAACCGGAAAGAAGAAACACUUAAUCAUCCAGCAAACAUUCAUCACGUACUCAAUCACGUUGCAUCACUGCUAGAGUUGAGUAAAGAAGAAGUCGCCGAGGCAAGUUACAGAAAUGCAGUGCAGUUAUUCGCGUACCAAGGCUCAAAGGUGCAAUUCGAAUGAUACUCGAAGUUCAACCUACAGAAGUAUACGUGCAUCUCAACUGCUCAAUACACGAGAAUGAAUAGUACCUAAGCUGGCGUCAUGGCAGCAUCAAGCAUUGUGUGUAUAAGAAAGACACCCCCCAAUACUUUGUAUAAUGAUGCGAGACAAAGAACCGUGUAACUUGUGAGUUAUCAGAAGUCUCCCCUUUGGUACUUCAUACGAUGUUUUAAUUAGUGCCUAAGUAACUUGGAAAGCAGAAAAAGAACCUACUUUUGGGACCUGGGUUCUUUCUUCCCCUUUAUUUCCUUUUGAACUGAUUCUUUUCUUUCAUCCUAAGGUUGCACACUACUUCCUUAUUUUUCUCCCUCCAACCCAUGAUAUAAACGACAUUCUGAUUUGCAAUCCCUUUUCCAUAUUUCUUUUUGGAACCAUAGGAAAACAACCUCCUUUCUUCAGGGCUGAAAUCUCAUAGUUUUGUCUCUUCAGAGAUCCCAGAUGGGGAAUAGCAACAGCAGGUUUUGUUGGUGUUUCUUCUUUGCUGUCAUGCUUGUUUUGAUGGCCAGUAAUGGGUUCGGUGAAGCGCAAGAAUUGUGCCGACAAGUGAUGAAGACUGGGAAUGGAAGCUGUGAUCCUGAAACUUGCAACAGCCAGUGCGCGGCUGUGAUGAGCCUUAGAGGGACAGGAUCUUGCACUCAGACUUUCACAAAUCGAUUCACUUGCAUUUGUACUUCACCUUGUUCUUGAUUUCCUUGUACAUUUUUCUUCCUCUCUGCGUCUGCCCUUCGUCCGGGUGUUCUGUUUUCCUAAGCCGCAUUGAAGAACGAAAUACCACUUGGCAAAUGGCAUUUUUCUUCCUCUGGUGAAUGUAGACUCUGUAUAUCCCAUGCAUGUCCAUGAACUUGUACUAUUCAAGUUUCGAGAUUCAGUCGUUUAAUGUUUUUGCCAUUUCAUGAAUGCAACCGCUAACCAUUUGGACUAC